GUGUUUAAAUGGGAAGGAGCAGAGCGAGAAUUAGCACUGCAACAACACAACAACAAGCAAGCGUGAGAUUAGUUUAGCUCGUCGGACAAAUCAGUAUCACAUCACGGAAAACAGAAAGGCGGCAGAGACGUCAAAAAGACAAAAACAUCCCCUAUAAGCAGAAGCAAAACCAGAGGUUAGGAUGAACCUGUUAGUCAUCUUCUCUGUCUUUGCAGCACUCAGUGUCAACAUGGUGUUUUCUCAAAACUACUUUUCAAAAAAAUGGGGAUCAGCAGAGUGUUGGAUCGGAAAAGGGAGCAGCUACAAAGGAACUGUUUCCAUAUCGUCAAAUGGUCGCAGUUGUCUCAAAUGGACUCAUGUUAGACAAUCUUGGGUUGAUUCAAAUGAACUUGGCUGCCAUAAUCACUGCAGGAAUCCUAACAAGAGAUUGAAGCCGUGGUGUUAUGUAAUGAAAAAAAAUAAGCUUAAGAGAGAGUUCUGCGAUAUUCCCAAAUGUAUUGACCCAACUGUAAAACCAACAACACUUCCCCAUCUUGUAGAUACAGAGAGGACAUGUGGUGAGCGGUCUGAGCAGAGGAUGAACAAGAUCGUGGGAGGCUCUUUCACAACCAUUGAGUCGCAACCAUGGUUUGCUGCUAUCUAUCAAAAGAAGUUCCUUUGCGGUGGUUCUCUCAUCUCACCCAGCUGGGUCCUCACAGCUGCACACUGCUUCCUUGAUGGAGACAAAACCAGUCUCAAGACUCUGUCUGUGUCCCUGGGAAAGACUGAGAUCAAGGACACAGAUCCUGACAAGGAGCAGAGAUUCACUGUGGAGAAACUCAUCAUCCACCAGAAAUUCAACCUGUCUAGCUACAACAAUGACAUUGCACUGCUGAAGAUCUCAAACACAAUAGGACGAGGUGCAUUCAAGACAGCUUCUGUUCGGACAGUUUGUCUUCCUCCCCGCAACACUCAUCUUCCUGUUGGAUUCACAUGCAGCAUUGCGGGUUUUGGGAAGGAAGCCUAUGAGUCGGACUCUUACUCCAAUCAGUUAAAACAGGCUAAUGUGAAUCUGCUCUCCUCCACUGACUGCAAACGUGAAGAGUCCUAUAAAAGUUUAUUCUCUGACAACAUGAUGUGUGCUGCGAGCCCAGACUGGAGCACAGACGCCUGUAAAGGAGACUCUGGGGGCCCACUAGUGUGCGAAGCGUCAGGUCGCAUGUUUCUCUUUGGGGUGGUGAGCUGGGGUGACGGCUGUGCCAGUGAGAACAAACCCGGUGUGUACACAAAGGUGACCAACUACAACAACUGGAUCGCAGAGAAAACUGGGCUUUCUGAAUAUACAAAAGGACUGAUGUAUCCUCAAAAAUGAAUCCCCAGCACAUGUUAAAUAGUCUUCUGGUCAUUUCAUGUUCAUAAAAGAAAAAUCUGGCAACGUUUUUUUAAGUGUUAUGUGUACGCAUGUGUUGAUGUAGGAUAAUGUUUGCUGUGGUGUUUUAUGCAGUCAAAAUGUACAUUCAUGUUAUCUCGUCACCCCCAAUGAACCUUUACAGCUAAGAAAGCUUAAUAAUUUGAUCCUGUGACCUUAGUCAUGACCUAAUGGUCAAAUAUCAACACUGAAUGAGCUAAAACCAGCUGAAGUUGAAAACAUUGACAAAUAAACAUUUAUUAUGUAGCCCUUAUUUAAAGAGCAGCUGGCAAGCUUUGAUGUGUAUAUAAAAUUAUAUGUAUGUAACUGUUUGCUUUUUUAGUGUUUUAAAGUAUCUGUUUUUGUAAAAAAACAACAAAAAAGAGUAAUUUAUAUACGCAUAUAAAGAUUAUGCACACAUUUUACAUGCUGAAAAUACUAUACAAUUUUUUUAUAUAUAUUUACCUUCUUUAAUUUAAUGAGCAUUUCUUUAUUUUGAAGGCUGGUCCUGCUAGUUUAUAUAAAAAUAUUAAAUAAACAUAUUGUAUCAUGUUA